AUGUCACCAAAAAAGGGUCAAGCACCAUCCUUACCGGGCCUACCAACGUAUGACUCCUCCGCCUCCUCCUCCAGUAGCUCAGAGCCAGAACCAGAAGACUAUAAACCAAAGGUCAAGCAAGAAGCAGCCGUAACCCAACAAGUAGCCGCAACCCAAGACGCAGAGCCAGUCCAAAAGGCUGAGUCAACCCAAGAAGCAGCCGCAGCGCCAGGAGUCGUGGGAUACACCUGGCCACCGCCGGGCUCACCCACAGAGAAAGAUGAAGACGAACCCGAACCCGAACUCGAUCCACUUUCAGAUGAUAUAGAUUGGGAUAACGACGAAGAGGCACUCGGAAACGAUGGAAACGAGGAUGAGAAUGAAGGAGAACCGCAGACCAGCGGCGUCGUUGCCCCUGACACCAUCAUCAUCCAGUCAAACCCCGUAGACCGCAUUUUCAGAACGCCAUCCUCGACGGGCACCGUAUAUUCGUUUAGAUCAGAACGGGCUGGAAUAGACGCAGUAGUAGUAGUAGACUCAGCAGCGUCCUCGCCGCUCGGCCCAAAAAGUCCCACUCCGCCUCCUCCGUCCCCAGGUCCACCUGCGAACAAGCCGAAGGAGAAAGGUAUGCCAGCGGGUAUUGCUCCGAGAGCAGGACACACAAAUGCGGAAACGGGCAUGGAGGAUGACGCGCCGGAUGCUGUAGUAGCCCGCGCAGUAGCCGCAGCAAAGAAACGAAAACGCGAGGAGGAAGAGAAGAAUAAGCGCAAGGCUCCGCCAAGGAAGAAAGUACGCGUGGUGUCACCGGAGGAGGAGGAUGACGACGAGUUAUCGGAUGCGCCGUCGAAUCCCGAACCUCCUUCGCCAGUUGCGGCUGUAGUUGAGAAGGGGAAGAAGGGGAGGAAGACCAACAACAGCAAGAAGGAAAGCACAAAGCCGAAACCGAGCAAAGCGCCUCCCAAAAAACCGACAAAGAACACCUCGAAACCGAAAGGCGCCAAGGCAAAGAAGGGUGAGGGUAUAGAGAAAGUGAAGUGUGGUGGAAGAACGACCAAGGGCGAGCCGUGUAAGAAUGAGAAGAAUGUGAAGGAGGGAGAUGAAUAUAAUUGUGGCAAGCAUAAGUCUGAUAAGUGA